CGGCCCCACUCCGAGCCGGGCGAGGCAGGUUCCGAGGCACCUGGCGGGGCUGGGUCUCCGCGGCCGCAGUCGCCUCGGGGCCGGACUGAGUCAAGGAUGAAGGCAGCCACUAGCCUAAGGACGGCACAUCCUAAGCACAGGUUAAGUAUUUGUCAGUGAAUACACGUGCAUCCCAAGAACCAAGGAAAAAGAGUAACUCAAGGAGAGAAGUAUCAGAUCUUCCAGACUGGCCAAGUAAAAUAACUCCAGAGAGUGCCUGUUGGAUUUAGCAGAAUUAUAAAGGCUGUCUGCAGAGACUUGGAAAAUGGCAACAAAUGAAAGUGUCAGCAUCUUUAGUUCAGCGUUCUUGGCCGUGGAGUAUGUAGAUUCACUUUUACCUGAGAAUCCUCUGCAAGAACCAUUUAAAAAUGCUUGGAACUAUCUGUUGGAUAAUUACACCAAGUUCCAGUUUGCAACAUGGGGAUCUCUUAUAGUUCAUGAAGUCGUUUAUUUCUUGUUCUGUUUACCUGGAUUUUUAUUUCAAUUUAUACCUUACAUGAGAAAGUAUAAAAUUCAAAAGGAUAAACCAGAAACGCUGGAAGGCCAGUGGAAAUGUUUUAAAGUACUUCUCUUUAAUCACUUCUGUAUUCAGCUGCCAUUGAUUUGUGGAACCUAUUAUUUUACAGAGUAUUUCAAUAUUCCUUAUGAUUGGGAAAGGAUGCCAAGAUGGUACAUGCUUUUGGUGAGAUGCUUUGGCUGUGCAGUCAUUGAGGACACCUGGCACUAUUUCCUGCACAGACUCCUGCACCACAAGAGAAUAUAUAAGUACAUCCACAAGAUUCACCACGAGUUUCAGGCUCCAUUUGGGAUGGAAGCUGAGUACGCACAUCCUUUGGAAACUCUGAUCCUUGGAGCUGGAUUUUUCAUUGGAAUCGUGCUUCUGUGUGAUCACGUAAUUCUUCUCUGGGCAUGGGUGACCAUUCGUUUGAUGGAAACUAUUGAUGUCCACAGCGGCUACGACAUCCCGCUGAACCCCCUCCACCUCAUCCCCUGCUACGCGGGCGCGCGGCACCACGACUUCCACCACAUGAACUUCGUGGGGAACUACGCGUCCACCUUCACCUGGUGGGACAGGCUCUUUGGAACGGAUUCUCAGUUUAAGGCCUACAGUGAAAAGAUGAGGAAGUUUGAGAAGAAGACGGAAUAAACGUCUCACGUAUGCCUUCCGGAGACGCUUGUUUUCCUGAAGCGAAGCUGGCGGCCGCGCUGCCUCUGGGGACCAGGAACCGUGUGUCUUGCUGCUGAGCGACAGAAGGACAUUAGCAACCGUUGAUCAUCCUCCUAGUGGGGAGCUUUUCUGCUUCACACACAUGAGUUCUGUACAUGUAGAAAUAAAUCCGUAUAUUUUUAAGUAGUUCUUUCCUGAGGAAGUCUUAGAGGCUGUGUUGCUAAGCUGACAGAAACGUUUUCAGUGAUGGAACAAGUGGCUUUUCCACAGAAAAAUAUGGUUUCUGUGGUUUUUCCCAGUAAUACUGAAGUUGACUUUGGUCUUUGGGUCUUUAGAUGAUACUGGUCAUUUCAGAAAAGUAUUAAUAGUGAUGUUGGCAUCAUCUUUAACUUUAAACCUUCUUAAGAAUUUGCCUAAAUAUCAAACUUUCAUGGAUUGAACCACGUCAGUGGAUGGCGUGGGAGGCUGAGCUGCCCGGUCAGGAGCAGCCAUGCCGAAAACCUCCCCCGUGGCCAGAGCCGUCCGGCUGGGCGAUUCUGUCCUUGGAAGUCCUUUGCGAUUGCAUUUAGCACAGAGCAUUUCUUAACUAACAAAGAUGGAAUAUUUGACUCUAAGGUUUUUCAGGUUACUUGAAUUUUUAAAAAAAUUAAGGAGCUUUAUUUCUGCUAUUUACCCUUUCAUUUUUGUAUAUCAAGUUUGCAUUUACCUAAAGCUGUAUCUUAAAACUCUGUGAACUGACUGGCUGUAUUUGCACUUUGACCUAUUGAAAUAAAUGUGAUUUUUGUCUGAU